AUGCGGCCGCCUUCCUCUUCUUCUUCUUCGUUGUCGUCGUCGGCGAUGCCGGCGCCUGGAGGCGGCGGCGGCGGCGGCGGCCGGAUGUCCGCGUUCACGAUGCGCGCGGUGGCGCGGAUGUCGAGGGCCCGGUGGUUCAUCUUCCUGCGCCGGGUGUACCAGUACCAGAACGGGCCGAGGUCCGACCUGGGUUCCAACCCGUUCAACUCGCCCGGCUGGCUCGCGCUCGAGCUCGGCGUCAUCGUCGCGCAGAUGGUCCUGACCACCGCCGUCGUCGCCACCUCACCCGCUGAGCUCCCCGCGUGGCCGCUCCGCCUCUGGGUCGCGGCCUACAACGUCGGCAACGUGCUCAGCCUGCCCCUCCUCUAUUGGCGCCACCGGCAUUCCUCCGCCGCCGCCGGCGGCCGGGGCGACGCGCUCUCGGGCGACCUCGAGAUGCACGGCGCCAAUGACGCUCUAAGGGACAGGUCGUAUCUGAUGAACAAGGCGCGGGCGUUCCUGGAGCUCUUCUUCGCGAUGUGGUUCGUGAUGGGCAACGUGUGGGUGUUCGACGCGCGGCUGGGGUCGUUCAGCCGCGCGCCCAGGCUGUACGCGCUCUGCAUCAGCCUGCUGGCCUGGAACGCCGUCGUCUACUCGCUCCCGUUCCUCCUCUUCCUGCUGCUCUGCUGCUUCGUGCCCAUGGUCGGCUACGCGCUCGGCUACAACAUGAACUCGGCCUCCGUCGGAAGGGGCGCCUCCGACGAGCAGCUCGCCGCGCUGCCACGGUGGCGGUUCAAGGAGCCCGCCGACGUGCCAAGGGACCGAGAGCACGAUGACCAGGAGUGCUGCAUCUGCCUUGCGCAGUACAGGGAGAAGGAGGAGGUUCGGCAGCUGCCGUGCACGCACGUGUUCCACCUCAAGUGCGUGGACAGGUGGCUCAGGAUCAUCUCCUCUUGCCCUCUCUGCAAGCAAGAGCUCAAGUGA